GAGGACAAAAAUGGAGGACCUCGCAUGACACUGUUUCCCGCAUAAAUCCUGAUGAUUCUCCCCUCCCUUCUCAUCCUCUCUCUAUUUGCCUUCCGAGAGAAGAACAAGAAUGGAUUUCUAUGCCACAUGCAUCCUCGGCCUCUCGCUUUCUCUUCUCUUCUUCGUGUUUCGGAAGAAGCGCUUCGCUCCUAACCUCCCGCCCGGCAGAAAAGGAUGGCCCGUCCUCGGCGAGACCCUUCGAUUCAUGGCCGCCGGGAAGAGCGGCUGUCCGGAGAACUUCGUGAACGAUCGCACCACUAGGCACUCGCCAGAUGUCUUCCGGACCAACUUGUAUGGGGAGGACAUGACCGUGUUCUGCGGUGCCUCCGGCAACAAGUUCCUGUUCUCCGGCGAGGGCAAGUACGUCACCUCCUGGUGGCCCAACUCCAUCAAGAAGAUCACCCAUUUCCCGGAAAACUUGGGGAGGCUCAGUAACACGGAUGCCAAGAAGAGGCGCAGCUUCCUGUUGGAGUUCCUGAAGCCCGAAGAGCUCCAACGUUACAUACCCGUCAUGGACUCCAUGACUAGGGACCACUUGGCGACGGAUUGGUCUCCAAAUAAGGAAGUGCGGGUGUUUCCUCUAUCGAAGAGGUAUACCUUCGCUCUGGCGUGUCGCUUGUUCAUGAACAUCAGAGAUCCGGAGAUCGCGUCGAAGUUCGCCAGCUCGUUUGCUCGAGUCACUCCAGGGCUCAUCGCGGUGCCAAUCAAUAUCCCGGGCACGCCAUUCAACCGAGCAAUGGAAGGAGGAAAAGCUAUGAGGCAAGAGCUCUUGAAAAUAAUCAGGCAAAGGAAGAUGGAGAUUUCAGAGGGCAAAGACGCGAGUGCGAGGGACCUCUUCACUCGAGCGCUUCUGGAAGGAGAUGACGACGGGACCAUUUUCUACGAGAUGGAUGCUUCCAGCAAGAUCUUGGGAUUGCUCAUUGCGAGCCACGAGACCACCAGCACUUCGAUCACAGCCAUAGUAAACUAUUUGGCUCAGUAUCCCCACAUCUAUGACCGGUUUCGUCAAGAACAAAUGGAGAUUGCCAAAUCUAAGGGUCCAACUGAAUUGCUCAAUUGGGACGAUGUUCAGAAGAUGAAGUAUUCGUGGAACGUAGCCUGCGAGUCAAUGAGAUUGUUACCACCUGCACCAGGGGCAUAUAGAGAGGCAACGAAGGAUUUCACUUUCGCUGGUUAUACAAUUCCAAAGGGAUGGAAGACAUUUUGGACGGUGCACUCCACGCAUAAGAACCCCAAGUACUUCCCUGAUCCGGAGAAGUUCGAUCCCUCAAGAUUCGAAGGAAACGGGCCCGCACCUUUCACCUUUGUGCCCUUCGGAGGUGGACCUCGCAUGUGCCCCGGAAAAGAGUAUGCGAGGCUCGAAAUCCUCGUUUUCAUGCACAAUCUGGUGACCAAGUUCAAGCUCGAGAAGGCCAUACCGGACGAGAAAUUUAUCUAUAAUCCAUCACCGGUUCCCGUCGAAGGUCUUCGGCUUCGCCUCCAACCCCAUAACUAGAUAGCUUCAAGCUAUUUAUACAAUUUACAAGGCUUAUC